UCAAUGAAUGAUUAAACACCUAUUAAAGAAGUCGAUCUUAACAAAUAGUCAUGGACCAGUCCAAAAGAUAAGAGUGAUCGAGUAUAGAUUUGUUUGUAUGUAGUUUAUUCCUCGUAAUGUGUAAUCAAAUCUCUAUCAGUUAUUUAUGAGUGAAGAGAAUAGUUAAGGCUCUCUUUACAACAAUUUACUUUAGUCCUCUAUUCUAGGAAAAUCACCUACUGUAAAUUAAAAGCUUUUCAAUUAUAAAACUGAAAAUAAAUAAAACGAAAUGAAUAAAAUUAUUAAUAAUGGAUUAAAGUAUUCAGCAACUCCAACUAAAGUUGAACCUGAAAAACCACCAAGGAAAAUCAAUAAACGUCCUUAUAAAAUCUUAGAGGCUGAGAAUCUAUAAGAUGAUUUUUAUCUCAACCUUUUGGAUUGGUCACCUUUUAAUGCUUUGGCAGUAGGACUAGAAAAUUCUGUAUUGAUUUGGUCAGGUCAUACUUCUAAAGUAUCUCGUUUAUGCACACUUGAAGAUCCAGAUAUGGUUUGUAGUGUGGCUUGGUCAUAACAUAAUCAACAUCUUUCAGUAGGAAAUAGUAUGGGAGAAGUUGAAGUAUGGGAUGUUACUAAAUAGAAAGUUAUUAGAAAAUGGAAUGGACAUUAAGGAAGAAUUGGAUCAUUAGCAUGGAAUAAUUAUUUAUUGGCUACUGGAAGUAGAGAUCGUAAUAUUUUGGUUAGAGAUGUUAGAAGUCCAAAUGAAUCAAUUUAAAAAUAUGUUGGUCAUAAAUAAGAAAUUUGUGGUUUGAAAUGGUCUUUUGAUGAAUAACUAUUGGCAUCUGGUGGCAAUGACAAUAAAUUGUUUAUUUGGUCAUUAAAAAAUCAAGGUGAAUUCACUCAUUUCUCAUAACAUUAGGCAGCAGUAAAAGCUAUAGGAUGGUCACCUCAUCAACAUAAUAUUGUGGCUUCAGGAGGGGGUACUGCUGAUAGAUGCAUAAGAUUCUUUAAUACUUAAACUUUAGAGCAAGUGGAUUGUAUUGACACUGGAUCUUAAGUGUGUAAUUUAAUGUUCUCUAAAAAUUCUAAUGAAUUAGUUUCAACUCAUGGAUAUUCUUUAAAUUAAAUAAUUGUUUGGAAUUAUAAUAAUAUGUCUAAAGUAGCUACUUUGACAGGCCACACUUAAAGAGUUCUAUAUUUGAGCGGGUCACCUUGUGGUCAAAAUAUAGUAACAGGAGCAGGUGAUGAGACUCUUAGAUUUUGGAAUGUAUUUCCUCAAUCUGCUUCUAAAAACGAUCAUGGAAUCACUAGAGCAGAGACCAUUGAUUUACGUUGA